AUGAGGCCCUGGUCCUGGUGGCUCAACCUGCGGCUCCAGAGAGCCUGCUGCAGCAGAGAAGUGUGCACACAACGCCGGCCUCCCGGCUGCAGUGGCCGCGAGGAACUGGGCCGCAGCAGCGGCAGAAUCCGUGACUCGGGGCCCUCCGGCCAUCGCGGUACCCUUGACUCUGGGCCCUGCGCCCACAGCAACGGUACCCGCAAACCCGACAACCCCUCGGCGCAGAGGCGCCCACCACCCCGGUGUCCCUGGUGCAACACCAGCGGCAACAAGCCCCCAGCAACCCCAGAGGCACGUGCGGCUACCGUGAGCGCGCCAGCGACACGCACCUCAGAGGCAGAGCUGGCGGAGGGUGCAAACUGCAGAUUCUCAAAUGUGGCCAGAGGCCGCGCAGUGGUUAAGAAUCAACCUUGCAAUGCAAGGAACACCAGUUCGAUCCUGGUCUGGAAGAGCCCACAAGCCGCGGAGGAGCUAAGCCCAUGUAUAACCACCGAGCCCGUGAUCUGGAGCCUGGGAGCUGCAGCUCCUGGGCCCACGUGCCGCAGCUGCCGAAGCCCACACCCCGGAGAGGCUGUGCUCGCCAACGAGAGAAGCCACAUCAAGGAGAAGCCACAGCGACGUGAGGCCCACGCGCUGCAACUAGAGAGCUCGGGGCGAUUCGAGAAAAGCCUGCGCAGCAACCACACGGCACAGUCAAAAAAAGGAUAA